AAAUAUAUCAAUGUCAAAAAUAAUGAAAUUGAUGAAAUGUUUUUGUUUGUUUUUCGUCGUCUCAUAAUUCUAUUUUGUUGUGUUCGUGAGUAAUUCCUAUGGAAAUGAAGAAUGUAUCUUCCAUGAAAACAAACAAAACUGAUUCUCCCAAAACACCAGGUGGGAUCAGCAAGGCGUUGCUUACUCCCUGUCGAAGAGUUGGGCUGUCUCGCAACUGGAGAAAAGGUGGUCCAUCACCUUUUGUGUCUCCCUUAGCUGGCUCUGGAGAAACCAAGCAACCAGUGCAGACUAAACGAACAAUAGAUGAUGUAGAUCUGGAAAAAUCUAAAACUAAUAUUAAUCCUGAAAUAAACACCACUCCUUCCCGACAUGUAGAUAUUCCUAGAAGAAAAAAGUCGAAGAUAUUAAAAAUUGAUCCCGAUACUUCAUCACAAGAAACUGAACAAUGUUUUGAACCACAGGAAUCUAUUAAUUCUCCACCAAAUGAGAUCAUUAAUGAGGAUGUACCAGUUGUCACUCCAGUUUUGAAAAAUAAAAGUAGAAGUAAAAAGAAUUCGUCAACACUAAUAAAAGGAAUUCCAAUUGAAAAUACAUCUUUACAAAUUUCUUCCAGUGUAGCAAACAAUAAAGAAAUAGAAGUAACACCAGUAUUAAAGUCUAAAAGUAUCAAAAUCACAUCACCUGCCCCAAAUAAUACACAGGGGUCUGCAUCUGAUGUGAAAAUAAUUCAAGAUAAUGUUGCUAGCAUAAAAAGUAGAAAAAAUUCAAUGAAAGUUAAGAAAAACAGUCCAGAUAAUCUUGCAAAGGAAUGCAUAGUGGUAUUACAAAAUAAAAUUUUUAAGGACCAGGUGGUUUCAGAUCCCAAUGAUAAAAAUGAACAAAAAUCUACCUGGCAGACAUUAUUUGAUUCAGAUUCUGAUGAAGUCCCACUGUGCAAUUUGAGUAAACAUUUGAAUGAGAAUGUAAUCAAUAAUACAGAGAGGGCAGAUAGCACUAUAGGAGUCAAAGCAGAAAACUUACCAAUACAACCAAGAGUAUUGACUUUGGAAGAUGAUGAUUUUAUGGAAAAUAGUCAUGUUAAAGUACAAAAGUUAGAAGAUAAAACCACAUCAACUAGUAGCUUAAAGAAAACAGUUAAGAAAAAGCCAAAAGAGAAUAAACAACCUAUAAAAAUAUCCCAACCCCCACCAUCUUCACAGAGUUCAGAUGAUGAUGAUUUUGAUUUUGACCAUAAAAGAACAAUAUUGAUACGAAAAUCCUAUGACAAAGUUACAAAACCGUUGAAAGCGAAGUCUACAGGUUCUAUCACCCAAAAAGACAUUGAUGAUUUGAGGUCUCGCAUAGAAGUUAAAAAGAAACUACUUCUGGCUAAAGCUAUGAAUAAAGAUACGGAAGAAUUGAGAGGUCUUAUAAAAAAAUGGCAGAGAGGAUGUCAGGAUGCCCUGACAGAGUUAAUAGAAAUGAUGAGAAAUAAAUGUCCCGAUAAGCAGAAUAUGGACUUUUCAGAAAUGCUGCAAAUACUAAAGAUUCCUUCAAGUCUCGUUGGGUAUGAUGAAGAGAAUGACUGUUUUAAUACGCCAGAUGAUGCGAGCGUUGUUUUAGCUAAAUUCAAUGAUUUAUAAUUUGUUUGUAUUGUUGAUUAAUAAAUGCUCUUUUGUUAUUAUAAUAAUA